GAAGAGGCCAUGGAGCACAGCCAUAUCUUCCCUGUCUUGUCCCCCAAUGGCAGCACCUGGAGCCCGGGGCAGCAGCACCCCGACGUAGCCCAAGGGUGCCCCCUCGGACCACUGCCUGUCAUCUACUACAGCGUCCUGCUCUGCCUCGGCCUGCCAGAGGCCAACAUCCUGACAGUCAUCAUCCUGUCCCAGCUGGUGUUACGUCGUCAGAAGUCCUCGUACAACUAUCUCCUGGCACUGGCAGCUGCUGACAUCCUAGUUCUCCUCCUCAUUGUGUUUGUCGAUUUCCUGUUGGAGGACUUUAUCUUGGCUGCACCACUGCCUCCGUCCCUCAACAACGCAGUGCAAGUUCUGGAGUUCUCCUCCAUCCACACCUCCAUCUGGAUCACCGUGCCUCUCACUGUCGACCGAUACAUCGCCGUGUGCCACCCACUGCGCUAUCACACCGUCUCCUACCCAGCCCGCACACGACGGGUGAUAUUUGCUGUCUAUAUUGGGUGUUUGCUCUCUGCAGCACCCUAUUAUUGGUGGCCUGAGCUGUGGCACAGCCUACCUGGUGUUGGGAGCGAUGGUGUUGCCGGGGAGGGAGGUGGAGGGGAGGGCACCAGGAGCAGCAUGGCCCAGCAUGUUCUGGUGUGGGCUCACUGUGCCACCAUCUACCUCCUCCCUUGCACCGUCUUCUUCUCCCUCAAUGCUGUCAUCGUCCGGAAGCUGCGCCGACGCCGCAGCUGUUUCCGUCUACGCGGCUACUCCACCGGCAAGACCACAGCCAUUCUCCUGGCCAUCACCUCCAUCUUCGCAGUGUUGUGGGCGCCGCGCACCCUCAUGAUCCUCUACCACUUCUACUCACCUCCUCCAACCUCACCAGGCGCCGGGCGGCUGCUCCACCUGCUCACUGAUUUGGCCAACAUGCUAGCUCUGCUCAACACCGGCAUCAACUUUUUCCUCUACUGCUUCAUCAGCAAGCGUUUCCGGGGCAUGGCAGCCAACGUGCUGCGAACCCUGUUCCGCUGCCGGAAGCAGCCGCCACCGUUCUACGCCGGCCACAACUUCUCCAUCACAAGCAGCCCCUGGAUCUCACCGGCCAAUUCCCACUGCAUCAAGAUGCUGGUGUACCAGUAUGACAAAAACGGGAAGCCCAUAUGUAUUUCCUCUUGA